CACACAACAAACAGCGCCUCUCUCCGCCCACACCAUUAAAGUGUAGUGCAUUCGCCGUACAUACAUCCGAAUUAUUACGACUUGAAAUAUACAUAUAGUCAUGUUUGUGAAUGUAUUAAAAGCCUGAAUCUUUUUUAUUCACAUGGACUUGUUUUAGAAUCAUAAUCGCGCGUGGGACUUAUAGAGGAAGAGGAGUGCACAGCUAACGCUGCUAGCCGCUUUAUUCAUAUUUUAUUUUUCACAUCUGAGAGGCGGGGAAUCCAAAGCCAAAGCCGUCAAAAAUCGAGACUUUUGGAUGCAUUCAAUCAACACCAGCGUUUCAUUUCAAAGUCGCCUUAUUUCAGGACUUCUGCUUCCCGGAGACAACAGCAAGAAGCUAUCGAGGAAUUACAUGGAUUAUCUGUGUUUCAGGACGUUGUGCUGUAAAGGACCUCCCCCUCCCAGACCAGAAUAUGACGUGGUUUGUAUCGGUCUGACGGGUUCUGGGAAGACCAGCCUGCUCUCAAGACUUUGCAGUGAGGCAACAGACAACAUCGUCCCUACCACAGGUUUUAGCAUUAAAGCUGUCCCGUUCCAGAAUGCCAUUUUAAAUGUCAAGGAGCUCGGAGGAGCGGACUCAAUUAAAAAGUACUGGAGCCGGUACUACCAGGGCUCACAGGGGGUGGUGUUUGUUUUGGACAGCGCUUCGUCGGAGGAGGACCUGGAGGUGGCGCGUACAGAGCUCCACUCGGCCCUGCAGCAUCCGCAGCUCUGCACGCUUCCCUUUCUCAUUCUGGCCAACCACCAGGACAAACCUGCUGCCCGCUCUGUACAAGAGAUAAAGAAAUACUUUGAGCUGGAACCUCUGGCACGAGGCAAGAGCUGGAUUCUAGAGGGCAGCACGGUGGACAACAUGGACGCGGUGAAGGAGAGCUUCGGUCAGCUCAUUCAUCUGCUCGAGGAGAAGGACCACGAGACAGGCAGGAUAUGACCCGGGGACGACAUCCCAGCAUCCCUCAGACACUACAGAUCGCCAACUCACCACAGGCCAGCACAUUCCAGUAUAGCCUGGCCGUCGUGUAAACUACGUUGUUACUUCAACUCUGUUACUGUGGUGAAACAAAUUGAGAAAUGGGGAAAAAAAACGGACUUGGGUAAAUCCUCACAUAAGGAUACAUAUCUACCGAAAAAGAAGGUACCUCAGCCCUUAAGUUUGAUACCUUCUCUCAAACUACACGUAUUAACCCAGAACAAGCGUUCGACACACGAUUCUCAGUAAAAUGGUUGUAUCUGUUGUUUUUAAUACAGACCUAGUUGCACAUUGCUACUAAAUAGAUGAUGUAAUCAUAUGCUUGGUCACGUAGGGCGACUGGAAGUCAUGUAGUCCCUAGUUUUUCUUAUUGCGUGAAUGUGUGUUUGUGAGAGAGAGAGAGAGAUGCCAGUUUGUACUUAAAAAGCCUUAAAGUGAUCGCUAAUGUAUUUUUAAAACAAACGUUUCAUUGUGUUCUCACAAAUGUAAUGUCAAAUAGGUUGUCUUAAAUAUUUGUGGCUGUGAAGUGAAAGAAGUGGAAUUAUGAGUGAUUCCUCAGUCGUAAAAAAAUGAAAUAAAAAAUGUAAUAUCUCUAAACUGCAUGGAGCCGCACUUGAUGUACUAUUGGAGCUUUAGAGUGACCUAUAAACGCACAUUUUUAAUUUGGGAUCAUUGAGGACACAGAUGUUUUCAUAACUUGGUCUAGUAUUAUUUCACAAGGUUUUGCUUGUAAUGGUUGACAGAGCCCUACUGAAAAACGUGAAAAAUGUAACACCCGUUUGACUUUGUCUUUUCACCAAAGACACUAAAACCACACUCAGCCCCUUUAGGUGAACCGUGAGUCGUGACGCAGCCUUUUGUAUGCAUGAUGUAUUUACCAUGUGCUUGUUUGGAUAUCACGUUACUCGUUUUUUUGUAUUUCUGUUGGCCCUGAAUGUAACACACUCUCUUUGCAUCAUCACAACUCUUCUAGUCUCAGUGUUGUCCCAUUUAGAUGAGGUGAACGGAGGAGGAAGCGAAUGCAAGAGCCCAGUCUGGUGUUAACCAACUCGUUCAUGUGCCACACUUCCAAAAGCGAGCAUCAUAAUCGUCAUCAAACUCGAGCAACAUCUUGGGUUUUAUUUAUAUCUACUACAAUUUUAUACCCUCAGAAACCAAUUCAGCUGCCUUUUUGUAAUUCAGAUAUUUGUACAUUUGUUACAGAUCAGUCUCUGGAAAGACAUGUGCCUGUCUUUGUACUGGAAGAUAAAAAGUCUAGGUGGACUUUUAGCCGUUUACCAAGGUGGCGUCAAGUCAUUCACAUGUUUGACGGUGUUUAUGUGUAUUUAUGCAUAAUUUCCACUGAGCAACAUGGAAAAUAAAGGCUGAAGAAGGACA